AGGUGUGUUGUUAGGAAGUCUACUAAAACCGCUGCUGCUGGUCACUCGGUCCCAGUGUUUUGGUGCACAAACAAAAACGUACAGGAAAUGCAUUUAAAACAAAAAGGACACUGCGUCGGUGUCCUGCUCCUCUACACCAUCACAACAAUAAGUUCACCGUCAGUGGGCCGGCGCGAGCCUCCUCAUACCCCACAACCCAGCUCUCAUUUGGAUCUGUAUAAUGUCAGGAACCGCGAUUUAACGACGGCAAGCCCGAGCUAUGCCCCCGGCCCAGAGGGCAGAGAGCGGCAGCACCAAGUCUUUGCCCACCUCGGAAACCCGGACCGAGCACACACAGCCGAAACCUCCGGAGGGAAACCUGAACAGAAAAUGGCGUCUUCUUCAAGUGGCCAAAGAUUCAAAAACCACCAGAAACUGAAGCAAACUGAGGAAGACUGGCUUGACUUUUCCAAUGAAGACUGCAGCGAAGGAAAAGUUGAGCAUAUAAUUAAAGGAAAUUUUUACAUUAUUGGUCAACUUAAAGCAAACAUCCCUAACCUGGGCUACCAAUCAGAUUCUGCUGUUUCAGUCCAGGCUCAGGGAGGCCAGGGGAGGAGCAGAGGUCAGCGGCUCAGGGGCUCGGAGGAGAGCUGGCAGAAGCUUCAGCCUGUGGUGGAGUGUGGAGACGAUGCCAUGACCCUCGUUGUCAGGAGGAGACGAGCUGUACAUCUACUGCUGGAUCGAGGGAAUGAGUCAUCUGUGGCCCUGUCCCAGCUGCCACCUCAUUGUGGUUACUCUGUUCAAACCACAUGGCGAGACCUCAGUCUGAUGGCUCACUACGAUGCCUGCCAUGUCGCACAGGAGGAUGACAGCUACGUGUUGCCUCUGCUGUGGAGGGGGACUCCAGUCGAGAUGUCCUGUCCAGUCUCUCAGACACAGCCUCACGCCACGGGCCUGCCCUCCCUGUGCUGCUUGCCGUAUGGUAUGACCGUCACAGUGCAGGGACCGGCUGCUGCAGAGGAGCUGAGCAUAAAUGUGAGAGGAGAGUGGAGCCCUUUGGUGGUGUUAGCUGAGCAGUGUGGCUACGUCUUGGACACACGAGGUGCAGAGACUGUAAUCACUGCUCCGUACCUUACAUGUGGCAUCACAGUGAAGGAUGGAAAAUUCACACUUUCUCUUCAAAUCGGAGAAAAAAGCUUCACACUGUCCUGUCCUGUCUCUCCCGCUGAAGAACUGCCGCUAACCGGUCAGCCUCUUGUCAGCGGCCCUCAUCAUCUGAGCAGGGGGCCGACGAAACCGCUACCAGAAACCCUGCAGCCUUUUCCGUGGGCCCCGCCUUUCUACCUGGCCCCGCUUUACUAUCCUCACCCCACAUAUCAUCAUAAGAACCUGAGACCUGAUGUUCACGAUGCACAUAACCCUCCCACUCCCUCAUCUUCAACUCCUGACCCUGCGUUUGUUCCGCAGCCUCUCCCUCCUGCUGAUUCCCAGCCCGACUAUCAGGAAUACGACUCCCACCAGAUUCCUGUCGGGGAGUCCUAUGAACAGUUGGCUGCACACGGUUCUCUGUCGUCUGCGGAUGAAAUGGAAGAUUCGGGACGGCUGUAUCAAGAUCUACAGCGCAAACAAGGACCUCCUGUCUCGGGUGUCUCCGAGAAGCACGGCGCUGCACGUUCUCCCUGCUCGGCUACUCCAGGUCGAGUUGAAGCGCCUUCUCUCGGGCCUCCCGGCUACGCCUUCAAUCCGUACUACCACUACUACCAUCACCCCAAGAUCCCUCUUCCUGGCCCUGACCCUGAUCCAGGUCCUGGGGUUCCUGAAGAACUCUCUUCAACUAAUUCUCACACCCGUGAAUUUCCUCUGUUGCCCCCCAACGUCCAGCAGUCUGAGGCCGACUCAGGCCAGGUCCCUCAGCCUACGCCUGACGCUGCCUCUCAUCCUUACAUCCCUCCUGCGCCUCAUGCACAUUAUCCACAGUCUUAUCCGUACCACCACCACCACUACUACUAUCACUUCCCGCAUAUUGCAAGAGGCGAGGCUCAAAGAUUGGCUCCUCUACACACACACAACACGGCUGCAGAAACAAAUUUGCCUGAUGAUCACCCACUUUCUCGCUCAUCAGUGCUUCCAGUUCAUGACGACUACAGUGUGAAUCCCGACGUAGAUCAGCCAAACGCAGAAGAAACGGUUGAUAUUGAAAACUACAGUGCAGAUCGGAUCAAAAAUCAGCUGUCGUCUGAAGCUGAUGAUGUAAACCCAGAACUGGAAGACAAAAAGAGAAGCUCUACACCUGCGUCUCCUGCAGUCCAACCUCGCCUCCCACCCUAUUACUCCCCUGAACCACACCCCGUUGCAGCACCUCCUCCUGAACAACCCUCCUCGCCUGCUCAAUCCAACCGUAAUCCCCCUCCUCACCCACACAACUACCACCCUCACUAUCACCUCUAUCAGAGGUAUUAUGCACCUGAAAGUUUACAGAGUAGAGCUUCAGACCCUCUGCUCCAAUCUUCUUCCUCUUCAGUGCAGCAUCCAUCCGGUAGCAAACAUCAAACCACUGCUUCGCCCACAGAAUUGACGUAUGAUGUUCAAAAUGGCCGCCUACAUCCUUACUACUAUUACUACUAUUACCACCUCUACCAGCCAAAAGUGCCCAAAGACGACGGGGACCUUCAUCCUGCGGACGCCACGGGCUCUGAAAAAGAAUCUUCAAAAUCUGAAUCUCAGCUUCCCUCGGACUCUGACGGCGGCAGGAUGGAUUUACUGGUUCAUGCUCCUGAGGCGGGACAUCCCAGCAUCCCUUGGCCACAGCACAGUCCUUUCCCCAGCCUCUACUCCCAUUAUAUGAAUCAGCAACAUCCACGUCAUCCUGGUGGAGGAGAAGCAGAAGAGAGGCCGGGUAAUGAAACAAGAGAUCGCCUAAAGGCCGACACACACACGCCCUCUGCCUCGCCCUGUUCAUACCCUGUGAAGGACUGUACAGUGGGACAGCAUUUUGUCUUUGCGAUGCCUGACUCCGUGGUGGAGCCCACAGUGGCCCCUCUUGCUCAUCCCUCUGAGAGCAGUAAUGUAUCCUGCGCUCUGCAGAGGCUGACCUCUGACCCUGACGUCUACAUCGUGCCCCUGGACGGCUGCGGAGUAAACAAACAUGUGUUUGGUGAGACAGUGGUUCAUCUUUUGGAAGUCCAAGGUUUCCACUCUCUUCAACAACACCACGACUCUGCGCAGGAGUUCUCUCCUGUCAGGCUGAUGGUGGAGUGUAGUUCCUCCCCAGGUGCUCCGGGUGAAGCGAGGCUCCAUGUGAUGGAUCAGCCUCCACCUCCCAUUCAGUCUACACCAGCCACCGUCACUGUGCAACUGAGAAUUGCAACAGACGAGUCCUUCACCAGCUACCACCCUGAGGCUCACCUGCCUCUCAGUCUCAUGCGAGGCAGACCCCUUUAUCUUGAAGCGAGACUGCUGGACCCCCCCCCAGGGCCGGACCUGGUGCUGCUGGUUCACUCCUGCCUGGCUUACACUCACGCUCCGUACACCGGCUGGAUGUCCAUUUACAAUCGCUUCAGCAGUUACGGUGAUUCACAGCUGCUUUCUUCCCCCCACACCAUCUGGAGGAUCAUAAUCUCCGGCUUCCUGUCCCUGCCCUCAGACAGUUCCUCUUACAUGGAGGAUCCAGAGAUCUACUUUUUGUGCUUGACAGAAGUGUGCUCUGCUGCAGGUGGUGACUGCACUGUCGGCUGGAGCAACAGUCCCAACGGUGAUGUGUGAGCAACGAAAUAAACACACUUUUACAAAACUGCACAUUUUGUUUUGUUAUUUUAUGGAAACAAGUGCACAAGUGGUGUCAAAGGAGAGAAAAAAACAAAAAUUGGAAUAUUUAUUUCUAAAAUUGAACUUAAAAACAAUAUAGUGCAAUGUAAUAGUUCGUACUAACAUUACAGAGAGAAAAGGAACACAAGCAGUUCAAGGCUUUCAGCUUCAGCAUCUUUUUUUUUUUUUUCAGUAGGACACUUAAUCAGGAACAGAAACCUGAGGGAAUGAAAGUUGAACUAUUUAUUUUUAAUAACAAGGUGCUUUCCUCAGCAGCUUGAAAUCUUCAUAAAGUCAGUAACAGCCUCAAACAGAAGCUGAUGACUGAGUUAAGGCCUGCAGAACAUUUCUGUCACACACAAGAAGGUACUUGACUUUUUUUUUUUUGCCCAGUCCUGCGGCCUUUUGAACACACAUCAUGAACAAAGGAAAUCAAGUGGAAUGCCUUUUUUUUUUUUUUUUUUUUUUUCAUUAACAAAACAACA